UGGUUCCUUUUGCAGAUGGAUGGGGCAGAGGGCAACGCGGGGCAGCCUGGCCCUGCGGAGCGGUCCCACCGAAGCAGCGUAUCCUCCGUGGGAGCCCGAGCAGCUGACGUGCUAGUGUACCUGGCUGAGGACACAGUAGUGCCCCUGGCUGUGGAGAGCCUGUCCUCGAUCAGUGCCCAUGAGCUACACCGUGCAGUCCGUGAAGUCCUGCAACUCCCAGAUGUGGCCCAGGAGGCCUUCGCACUCUGGCUUGUCUCCCCUCUGCUGGAGGUGCAAUUGAAACCCAAGCACCAGCCCUACAAGCUGGGCCGCCAGUGGCCAGAGCUGCUGCUGCGUUUCACCGACGCCUCGGAUGAUGAUGUAGCCAUGGAUGAGCCUUCCCUUCAGUUCCGAAGGAAUGUGUUUUUCCCAAAGCGCCGAGAGCUCCAGAUCCAGGAUGAGGAGGUCCUGCGGCUGCUCUAUGAGGAAGCCAAGGGCAACGUGCUGACUGCUCGGUACCCUUGUGACUGGGAGGACUGUGAGGUGCUGGGUGCCCUCGUGUGCCGUGUGCAGCUUGGGCCCUACCAGCCUGGCCAGCCUGCUGCCUGCACUCUGAGGGAGAAGUUGGACUCCUUCCUCCCUGCCCACCUCUGCAAGCGAGGCCAUGGCCUCUUUGCUGCCUUCCGGGGCCGUGGGGCCAAGACUGGGCCAGGUGAGCAAGGCCUGCUGAAUGCCUAUCGGCAAGUAAAGGAAGCGACAGGCAGUGACCGUGAGCAUGAGAGCACCUUGGCCUCCCACUAUCGCGCCUACCUCCUCAAAUGCCACGAGCUGCCCUUCUACGGGUGUGCCUUCUUCCACGGUGAGGUCGACAAGCCAGCACAGGGCUUUUUGCAUCGGGGUGGGCGCAAGCCCGUGACUGUGGCCAUCAGUCUGGAGGGUGUGCAUGUCAUCGACAGCAGGGAGAAGCAUGUACUGCUGGGCCUGCGCUUUCAGGAGCUGUCCUGGGACCAUACUUCCCCUGAGGAGGAAGAGCCUGUCCUGUGGCUCGAGUUUGAUGGUGACAAUGAGGGCAUGCCUGUCAACAAGCUCCUGAGGAUCUACUCUAAGCAGGCUGAGCUGAUGAGUGGUCUCAUUGAGUACUGCAUUGAGCUGAGCCAGGCCACCGAGCCCACUGUCCCCCAAGAGAGCACAUCUGGCCCUCGUGAAUCUCCCAGCCCCUCUCCACCUUCCACUCUGCGCCCCAAGCUGCAAAGGCAGGGUAGCGUGGUGUGUAGCCGGAUUCAGCAUCUCUCCACCAUUGACUAUGUGGAAGACGGCAAGGGAAUCAAGCGGGUGAAGCCAAAGCGCACCACUUCCUUCUUCAGCCGGCAGCUCUCCUCCAGCCAGGGGAGCUACACUGUGGUGCAGCGCGCUGACGACAGCCUGGAGCAGAGCUGAGGGAACCACGCCUGGUGGCAGACGGACAUCCGGGCGCCCUAGACCUCAGCAGAAACUGUCCUAGGCAGGACCAAGCCACAGUGGUCUCAGAGGCUGUGGGCCUGGGUGGGGUGCUGUGCAGGGUCUGCUGGUGUUUCAGACCAUGGCGAAGUGACAUCCAAGCCUCUCCUGAACCCGGACGGGGCAGAGCUGGCCUGCAGCCCUUUCUACUACCUGCCUCUACCCUGAACUCCAGGCCACCAGCUGACUGAGACCCAGCUGGCCUGCCUGCUUGUCCCCAAGUGGACUGCCUUCUCUGCAGGAACUGCUGGCAG